AUGUCUCGUCCUGGCACCACACUCUAUGUCACCGGCUUCGGGCACGGGACUCGAGCUCGCGAUCUUGCCUACGAAUUCGAACGAUAUGGACGUCUGGUUCGCUGCGAUAUUCCGGCACCGCGCACUCCAUCAAGCAGAUUGUUCGCUUUUGUGGAAUACGAGAGCCGCCGUGAUGCGGAUGAUGCCUAUCACGAAAUGCACAACAAGAGGAUUGGUCGUGAUGACCUACUGAAGAUAGAGUGGGCGCGGACUCCUCCUUCAGCUUCCUGGCGCUUUGAUUCUGGUCGUGACCGUCGCCGUGACCGUACUCCUCCCCGGCGUGGGCGCUCUCCUUCUCCUCGACGCAGUCGUGGUGAUUACUCCCCGCGUAGAGAUGAAAGGUAUGAUCGGGACUAUGACCGCCACGAUCGUGACUAUGAUCGUCGGGACCGCGAUUAUGAUCGUCGCGACCGCGACUAUGACAGGCGUGAUCGUGAUCGUGAACGUUCUCGCGAUCGCUCUCGCAGCCCUGAUGAAAGAGACCGUGAUGUCAAAGAAGAUCGGGAACGUCGUGAUGAUGAGCGCGAGCGACGUGAUGAUGAGCGCGAGAACGGGCCCAAUGGCGAAGAGAGAAAAGUUGCUCCCUUAGACACCUUGGGUCCAGCUCAUGAUGAGCUUGACACCGCCGAGUAG